GGUCCAAGUUGAUAGUAGGAUUAGUGAUUAGUGAUGGACGCGGUGCCAUCCAUUUGAACUUCUUUUCCAUGGCUCCAGAAGCAUCUCCCGCCUGUGCUGCGAUUCUUGUCACAGGUGCCGGCUCUGAUGAUGUGAACGGGCUUUAUGUCCCAACGGGCCGGAAGUGGCACGAGGCGGAGAUCUUUGAGAAUGACAAACUCUGCAUGCUCUCGAGGGAGCCUCACAAGAGCCAGAAGACUGGUCUCACCUCAUAUGGCUGGAUAUUGGGGCAGGACCGAAAGCCCAUGUAUGCGGUGCAAUCUGAGGAGAUUUUGCCCCCCAAAUCUGGCUGGAAAAAGUUUACAGGCCAAGUGCCCAUCCCAGCUGUGGAUCCAUCAGAUUCACUGAAGGCUGCUGCCGAAACUGCAGCCCUUGCCUUCAAAGACCAAGGUAAUGCCCUGUUCACAGCUCGCUCCUACAAGGAAGCUGCCACCAAAUGGUCCAGGGCAUUGAGCACCUUGGAGAAAUAUUGCAGUGAUAGCCAGGUGCGGGCCACUCUCUAUGCCAACCGGGCGGAGUCCAACAUCCGAAUGGAGCGUUGGGAAGAGGCACUCUUGGACUGUGAAGCGGCUCUGGUGACAAAGCCAAGUCACGACAAGGCCUUGCUGAGAGCUGCUGUGGCCUUGCGAGGCCUCAAGCGGUACGGUGAUGCCAUCGGCAUGGUCCAGCGAUGCUUAGAGCUGGAGCCCAGCCACUACGACGCCAAGAUGCUGAUGCAGGACCUGGACCGACUAGUGACAUCCGAACAGCCCUCAGGUCGUCCUGCGGCGUCGAAACCGCAGAGGCUCCGGGGAGAUGCCAAUCUCAGCAGUAUUCCUCGAGAUGCACGGGACAUGAACCACCAGAAAGGUCUGGAAGCUUUUGAGGGCUACAGUCAGAUGCGGGAAAACUCCACUGAAGAAGUGCCCAUCUCAGAUCUUCCAUACCACAAGAUGGGUUUACCCCAAGAGCAGUUGGACUUGAUGGACAGCUUCUUCCGUGAGUUGAGGGCAAACAAGAAGCAACAAGCCAAGUCGCAGAGACAAGAGCUGGCUGAGUAUGAACUGGUGAAAAAUGAGUAUCGCGAAAGGGCUUUAGAAGACCAAGCUUUGGGCAGGGCUCCCACUCCCAUGCUUGAAUCCUACGAGGAAGCACCCGCGCUGAAGGAUGAUGAGCUGCCUUUGACUCUGACAGCUCCCAAGAAACCGGUUGAGACAGACAACAUCCAGAUAUCCGCGGAUGAAAAGAAGGAAAUUGACGAUUUGUUUGCCAAUUUCAAGCCCAAGGCCUCCAAAAGUCUAGGACCUUCGGGGCGCCGAAGCCGGUUUCAGCAAAUCAUCCAUGAAGAAGAGGAAGAAGCCAGCGUAGCUGAGAUCCGGGCAAUGGAGGAGCUCAAGAAGUUGCAAAGGACCAGAAGAGGAGAACCUACCCGAUUUGAACAGGCAGCCGGGGAGCUAUACUGUUGGUGGUCCCUUCCAGCCGGGAUUUCAGCCAAGGACAUCAAGGUCUCUGGCUCGGGUGGCGAAUGGCUCACGGUGUCCGUAAGAGAUGUUCCAAUUUUCGACCGACAGCUCUUCCACCAGAUCAAGGGGGACGACAUCAUUUGGUCCUUGGACGCCGGUGAGUUAUCCCUCACCUUGACCAAGCGCGAGCGCAGCAAGCUUUGGGAUCAGCUGGGCUCCGUGAGCGAGAUGCAACGAGACGCCAGUGGCAAGGUGAUCCCUUCCACCAUCCCGGAGCCCAUGUCGAUCAAUGAUCGCUUGGCGAAGUUCCGGCAGAUGGUGACGGGAGAUGAUGGUGAGGAACCGCGCUAUGAAGAUCUCAACGACCAAAGCAAACAGCUGGUGGAUGCGAUGCGCCGCUUCGAACAUGCCCGUGCCACGGGGGAUCACAAUGCGCUGGCCUUGGCGGAACAUGACUUGGAGGAGCUGGGCCGAGUUGUGGUUUGAGGAUCGCAGCGACCUAGCGACCCACCUUUUUUCGCUUGGCAGAUGGCAAGUGAUGUCGAAAAAGCUUAG